GGUAAAAAAAUUGUCGGUCGCUCUCAACUUUUUUUCUACAGAAAGCCGCCAUACAGUGCAGGUACAGACGCCGUGAAUCCGCCUCCCCACGCUUCCCCACGACAACUGCAAGCGCGGCCGGGUCACACGACGCCGAAACUGCCAAAAUGGGUCUCUUCAUCCUCGCGGAGACCAGCGCCGGUUAUGGCCUGUUCAAGGCCACCGAUAAGAAGCUGCUCAGUUCCGACAACCUAGCCGACCGUCUUUCUACCGUGGAGAAGAUCAACAAGGAAAUCAAGUACAAGCAGUUCGCCAAGUUCGACAGCGCUGCCAGCGCCCUCGAGGAAAUUUCCGGUGUGAUUGAGGGCAAGGUCACGCCCAAGCUCGCCAGCCUGCUCAAUGAGUUCAAGGACGAGAAGAAGGUCACCCUGGCCGUGGCCGAGAGCAAGCUCGGAAGCUCCAUCUUGAAGCUGCCCAACCUCAACAUCAAGCCCAUCUCCGACUCGUCGACCGCCGAUCUGUUUCGCGCCAUCCGUCAGCACCUGCCCGACCUCGUGCCCGGCAUGCUCCCCGAGAACUUUAAGGAGAUGUCUCUGGGUCUGUCGCACUCGCUGUCGCGCCACCGGCUGAAGUUCUCUCCCGACAAGGUUGACGUUAUGAUCGUCCACGCCGUGUCCCUUUUGGACGACAUGGACAAGGAGCUGAAUUUCUUUGCCAUGCGUGUGAAGGAGUGGUACGGGUGGCAUUUCCCCGAGCUGGCCAAGAUCCUGCCAGACAACCUGUCAUAUGCCAAGGUCGUUGUCACGCUGGGCUUGCGCUCCAACGCGCCCCAGGCCGACCUCUCCGAAAUCCUCCCUCACGAGAUCGAGACGGCCGUCAAGACCGCCGCCGACAUGAGCAUGGGCACCGAGGUCUCGGACGAGGACCUAGAAAACAUCAAGUCCCUGGCGGAACAGGUCAUCGAGCUCUCCGGCUAUAGGAGACAGCUUGCCGAGUACCUCGAGAACCGCAUGAAGGCUAUCGCUCCCAACUUGACCGAACUUGUCGGCCCCCUCGUUGGCGCCCGCCUCAUCGCUCACACCGGCUCCCUCAUCAGCCUGGCCAAGAACCCCGGUUCGACCAUUCAGAUCCUCGGUGCGGAGAAGGCCUUGUUCCGCGCGCUCAAGACGAAGCACGCGACGCCCAAGUACGGCCUGAUCUACCAUGCUUCGUUGGUCGGCCAGGCCUCUGGCCCGAACAAGGGCAAGAUGGCUCGUCAGCUGGCUUCGAAGGUGGCCCUCGGUGUCCGCACCGACGCGCUUGCCGAAUUUGAGGACGACGCGGACGACGAGACUCGUGCGAGCCUGGGCAUCAGGGCCCGAGCCAAGCUUGAGAACAACCUGCGGCUGAUGGAAGGCAAGCCGCUCUCUAAGGGGGUUGCGGUCGGCCCCAACGGCAUUCCCCUCGGCGCACCUCCCAAGUGGGACGUCAAGGAGGCGCGCAAGUACAACAUCGAUGUCGAUGGCCUCGCUGCUGCCGAGACACCGGCGCCGAAGAAGCCCCUCAUCCAAGAAGUAGAUGAGGAGAUGGCCGAUGCCGGCGCCGGCGCUGCGGAGCAGUCCGACGCGGAGAUGCAAGAGGCACCAAGCAAGGAGGACAAAAAAGACAAGAAAGACAAGAAGGAGAAGAAAGAGAAGAAGGACAAGCCCAAGAAGUCCAAGGAGCCCGAGGCUGCGACACCUGCCAAGAUUACCGAGAAGGACUACGAGCGCCUCGCGAAGGAAGUCGGCAUGUCCGUGUCCAAGUUCACGCGCCGGCUCGAGAAGGGCCAGAUCAAGGUGAAGGCUGAUGGUACCGUCGAGGUUCUCAGCAAGAAGGAAGCCAAGGCUGAGGAGGGUGAGGAGCAAGCCGCUCAAACACCAGUCAAGGCCCAGGGCUCAAAGCGCAAGCACGAGGAAGAGGCAGAGACGCCGGCUAAGGAGGAGAAGCACAAGAAGAAGAAGAAGAAGCACGGCAAAGAGUAAGCGGCUGCCACUCCUGCUUUGCCGGGUUUCUCUCUUUUUUUCACUUUCUUCUCUGUAUGAUACACCGUCUGGCGCACCGGCUGGUGGUUCCAGGUUGCUUUUGGCGUUGGGUUAGGCAAGAGGGCGGCGUUCUGGCGGGGUUUGUGUAUGUUCAUGCCGCAUUCCAUGGCGAUGAAAAGGGCAGGAUCAGAGGGCUUCGUUGCCCCGGGCCGUGCUUCAGAGCGGCACUUAGCAUCUGCAGUGGGAGGA